UGGUAUAUGAAAAUAAAAAAAUAAUUACUCAAAAGAAAAAGAAAAAUUGACUUGUCUUGCGCCAUAACAUGUAACUGUAAAUAUAUCUUUUAUCGAUAUUUGUAUAAAUUUUUAAUUCCGUGCAUUAUAUACCGUUGUUUCUUUAAAAAAUAUGCUGCAAAGUUAUUGCUAAACUUGCUAGACCGUUCAUUAUUUUAUUUUUAUGUUUAUGUUUAUAUUUUAUAUGUAUUUUGUUUCUAUAUUUAUUUUAUGUUUCUCAGUUUGUUCUUUCCAUAGAUACAUUGAACAUAUAUCUAUAGUCCUUUCUAAAAUCAAAUUGAAAUCAUAAAUCGUUACAAGCGACGAUCGAUUAGUCCUGGGAGCAGCCGCGCAAUCCUCCCGGAUUCGGAUGUGUAUGCGUAUAUACGCAUGCAAGGGUAGAAAGACUCUGUCUAGGCAUGCGCCGGGCUUCCUCUCCCUUCAUAUACUAUGAGCGGUGGUGUCUACGGCGGUGACGAGGUAGGUGCUAUCAUCUUUGACGUCGGACAUCAGAGCCUCCGCGUGGGAUAUGGCGGCGAGGACACGCCGAAGGCCGAGAUCCCCACGACCCUCGGGGUGUGGGAGGAACCCGCCGAUCCCGGCGGGAUUGACAACGUCAACAGGAAGCAUUACAACAUCGACGUCACGGCUAUCCAAGUGCGAAAAAAGGAUAUGGAGAUAGUGAGUUUGAUGAAGGACGGCAUGAUUGAGGACUGGGACAUGUUUGAACGACUGACCGAAUACACGUACAAGCAACGAUUGCAUGCCUUAGCGGAACACCAUCCGAUCUUGAUGACCGAGUGCCCGUGGAACACCAGAUUGAAGCGCGAAAAGUUACUGGAGCUAAUGUUCGAGAAGUUUAACGUACCGGCCAUGUACAUCUGCAAGAACGCCGUGCUAGCCGCGUAUGCCAACGGGAGAUCCACGGCGAUGGUCGUGGACAGCGGUGCGACGCAUACCAGCGCGGUACCAGUUCACGACGGUUACGUUAUCACCCAAGGAAUUGUCAAAAGUCCUUUAGGUGGCGACUUUAUCACCAUGCAGUGUAGACAAUUCUUUGAAGAGAAGGACAUCGAAUUGAUACCGGCUUGUCUCGUCGCUAGCAAAGACAUAGUGCGAGAGAGAGAUCCACCACGCUGGACAAGACGAGCCGGACCCCAACCGACGUCUUCCUGGCUGAGCUACAUGGUUCGAGAGCUGUUGCAGGACUUUCAGAUGAACUGCCUGCAAGUGUCGGACAGUCCGUACGACGAAGACGUGGCGAAUACUCUGCCUAUGAAGCAUUACGAAUUUCCGACCGGAUACAACGACGAUUUCGGAUCCGUGAGGCUCAUGAUACCCGAAGCCCUUUUCGAUCCCAGCAACGUUAAAGGUGUGGGCGCGAGUAUCUUAGGGGUCGGCCCUCUCGUCACCACGAGUGUCGGGAUGUGCGACAUGGACAUCAGACCAAGUUUGUAUGGCAGCGUAGUGGUGACCGGUGGCAACUCGUGUCUUCAGGGUUUCAGCGAGAGACUGAAUCGGGAUUUGGCCAGCAAGACCCCGCCGAGUAUGAGACUGAAAAUAAUUAGCGCGAACAGCUCGAGUGAGCGUCGUUAUGGUGCUUGGAUCGGCGGCUCGAUCCUCAGCUCUUUGGGCUCGUUCCAGCAAAUGUGGCUGUCACGUCAAGAGUACGAAGAAUCAGGCAAGCUCAUUUUGGAAAGAUGCGCAUAAUUCAAUAAUGGAGACACUCUAACAAAUCUUGGUAUAAGAGCUACAAUUUUGCAAAUCGAUUAUUUUUUUUUUUUUGAAUCUAAUGAACAAUUAUUUUUACAAUUAAUGCAAAAAUUUCAAAAACACACUUGAAAAAUAUUUGAACAGAAAAUUAAUACAUUGUUUAAAUGUCUGCAAUCUUUCUGUUAUGUAACACAUUCGUGUUAUAUUUAAUUACUAGAUAUUGAUAUAAAAAAAUAUAUAUUUUUUUUAUUAUAUAUAUUAAUAUAUAAUUAAAGAAGAUAGGGUUCGCGACUUUUAGUUUGAUCACAAAUAUCGAUCAAAUAAAUCUUACUUUAAAAGCGUUUUAUAUAACGAUCGAUGUAAUGGCGACGGUGUAACGUAAACCGUCCUCGUGAGCAACAACUAUCAAACGCAACUUCUGAAAUGCCUAAGAGUUUAAGGAUUCUAGAAAAAUCUAAAUAAUGUGCGAAAAAUUUUUCUCGGGAGAUAAUUUUUCACGAUAAAACUUUUUAUAGGAUGCGUUUUAAAGCAACUGUACGUACUUCCGAUUAUAGGAAGUGCGAUUAAUCAGAAAUCCUGUGUAACGCGAGCAAAAGCAAUGUUUAAUCGGCAAGUUGCUUUUAGAUGGCUUUAGUGCUAGAUAGGUAAUAUAAGUGUAAAACGCGCGGCUUAUAAGGAUACAGUUCCUAAUUGCUCCAAGAAUCUUCCAUGUACAUCGUAUAUUUUAGAAGAGGACGAUCACACUCUUUCCGUCAUUUCGCAAACAUAUAUAUGGAUGUACGCGAUGUAGACUAUUUUGUAAUAAAUCGUCAUUAGACAUAUUUAUUUCACUGUGAGAAUAAAAUACUCGCUUUACAGACAAUAGUAACGUCCGUUAUCGCGGAUGUUCUCGCUCUAAUAAGUUAUCUUAAAAAAAAGCGACAUUAUUAUAACUUUGUAAGUGUAAUAUCUCUAGCAUCAUACGUAAUCGCUAUUUAUAUCCUAUUAAAUAUAAAAAUUGAUUUCGGUAUUAAAAGGCUGGAGUAGAUAGGUGUUUUGAUACAAAAGGAAAAAAUGUUGCUUGAACUGAGAGAUGACUAAAAGAUAUUUAUAAAUGCAACAUCAGCGCGAAGAGGCAACAAACCAAAAUUUAUAACAUUAAAAUCAAAAUGUUAAUUCUCAAGUCAUUCAGUAAAUUUGUAUUAUUUAUAUAAUUAUUUUUAUAAUGUAAUCUUUAUUUAUAUUUUUGCAUAAUAUAAAUAAAAUAAUAACAUUAUUAUUGAAAUUAUUGGAAAAAAAGUACAACGUCAUAAAAUGGAAAAAUAUUGAGCUGUUGCUUUCUCGAAUUAUAUCAAUUUUAUUAAAAUUGACAUAAAAAUAUAUAAUAUUUAAUCUUUUAAUUUAAAAUGUGUACGAAGAAUAUAAUACAUGUAUCAAAAUAGAAAUAUGAUAGAUUAAAAACUAAGUAAUCUUUAUAUUUAAUCACGAUUUACAGUGGAAACGACAUAACUCAAAUGCGUUAUUAGAUAAUUUAUAAUUCUUCGGUGGAAUCAAUUUGUUACUGUAUAAUUAUUAAUAUUAUGAAAUAGUCUUUGAAUAAAAUUAACAUUUUGUUACAAUCUCAAAAUACAUAAGAUAAUAACACAAGUUAUUUUCGUGUUGCCGGAAAUAAUGCAAUAAUGUAAAAAUCAAAAAAAUUACAUUUUACUAGUUUCCAAAUUAAUUUAUAUAUUUUGUCAAAAAAAAAAAACAAAAAACAAAACCACAGUACAAAUCAAAAA